AUGAGUGUGGAGAGUGAUGACAAGCGAAGCACACGCUCCAAGGGAAUCAGAGUUCCCAUAGAGCUUGUUGGACAGGAGCUGAGCUGCCCCACCCCUGGAUGCAAUGGCUCUGGCCACAUCAGUGGGAGAUAUUCACGACACAGAAGUGUGCUGGGCUGCCCCUUGGCCAGGAAGCGACGUCUGGCAGACGCUGAGGCAGAGCAGGACCAGCCCUCCUCUAAAAGGAAGUCCCACCCUCUAAAGCUGGUCAUGGACGAGGGCUUCGGCAUGGACAGUGAUGGGAGCAGCGAAGAGGUAGAGGAGGAGGCCAAAGAGGAGGAGAAAGAGGAGGACGAGAAGGAGGAGAAGACAGAAGAGCUGACCCAGGAACAGCCACAGCAGGAAGAAGAAACCGAGGAGGAGCAGAAGGAAAGGGAGGAGGAGAACACAGAUCAGGAGGAGGAGGAGAACACAGAUCAGGAGGAGGAGGAGAACACAGAUGCAGAUGAAGAUAGGGUGGAGGAGGAAGAGGAGGAGGAGGAGGAAGAUGAGAAGGCUGAGGAAGAUGAAGAGGAGGAAGAGUAUGAAGAGGAGAGAAGGGAAGCAAAGCACCAGCCACAUGAGAUACUAGAGGAAGAGGAAGAGGAGGAGGGGGAGGAGGAGGAGGAUGAAGAUGACAUUGAGGAGGUGGACGUGAGAGUGCACCCUGUCUUCCUGCCCACCACCAUCACCAUCACUGCAGCAGCUCAGGGACCAGCCACACAGAGGGAGAGAGAAGAGCACAGAGCCAGGACUACAGAGGAUUACAUCUCCCACAGGACCAGCCACCUAGAGAACUACAACCCCCACAGGACCAGUCCACUGGAGAACUACAAUCCCCACAGAGUCAGCCCCUUACAGCACUACACCUCCCAUAAGGCCUCAGCAGCCUCUGACAUCAUCGAGGUGCGUUCAGAGGAUUCGGGUAGGGACUACGAUGAAGAAGAUGGUGAGGAGGAGGAAGAAGGUGACAGUUUGUCUCAGAGGUGGACAGAUGAGUCAGAGAUGUAUGAUAUGACCCGGGGCAACCUGGGGCUUCUGGAGCAGGCCAUCGCCCUGAAGGCAGAACAGGUGAAGGGGCCUCGCGACCUCCUCCUCCUCCGUCACCCCGUCGUCACCCCGGAGCUCCACCACCGCUACUUCACCAUGGACGACCGGCCCAAACACCUGGACACCAUGCGCAAGAGCUACUUCAGCAGUAAAGAGGGCAGCAGGCCAGAGAAGAGGGAGAUCAAAUGCCCCACCCCUGGCUGUGACGGGACUGGUCAUGUUACCGGACUCUACCCUCACCACCGCAGCCUGUCUGGCUGUCCUCACAAGGACAGGAUCCCCCCUGAGAUCCUGGCCAUGCAUGAGAACGUGCUGAAGUGUCCGACUCCAGGCUGCACCGGACAGGGCCAUGUUAACAGCAACCGCAACACCCACCGCAGUUUGUCAGGAUGCCCCAUCGCAGCCACAGAGAAGCUGUCCAAGAGCCACAACCUUGACAAGCAGCAUCUCUCCCAGCCAAUCAGAGAGCAUCUCAAAGAAAGUCCCAACAACAAUGACAGAGUUUUGAGGCCCAUGUGCUUUGUGAAGCAGCUGGAAGUACCUCACUAUGGGCAGUACAGGCCCAAUAUGUUGCCUGCCACACCUCGUGCCAACCUGGCCAAGGAGCUGGAGAAGUACUCCAAGGUCUCCUUUGAUUAUGCAAGCUUCGACUGUCAGGUGUUUGGGAAACGCAUGCUUGCUCCAAAGAUACCGACCAGCGAAGCCUCACCCAAAGCCUUCAAAUGUUUUGGAAAGACUGCCUCCUCUUCUGCCUACGACUACUCCCAUGAAGCCCAGGCAGCCCACAUGGCUGCCACCGCUAUCCUAAACCUGUCCACGCGCUGCUGGGAGAGGCCUGAGAACCUGAGCACCAAGCACCAGGACCUGGCUAGCAAGAGCAUGGACAUCGAGGUGGACGAGAAUGGGACUCUUGACCUGAGCAUGAAGAAGCCCGUCAAACGUGAGGGCACCAGCCCUGGGGUAUGUUCCCCGGACCCCUCCUCUUCCUCUUCCUCCCUGCACCACGGAGGCAACAGUGGCAUGACCUCGCCCCACACGGGCCACGCCUACAAACAGGAACACUGGGAGGAGCCUCUGGACUACACCAAACCCAACCGCCAACGGGAGGAGGAUACAGAGGAGAUGGAGCACCACACAGCGCGGUCAUUUGCCUCGUCCGACCCUGAGGACAUGGACCUGAUGCAGGACUACCCCGAGGAGCGGAAGUACCCUGGAGAGGUCACCACCCCAAACUUCAAGGUCCAGUUCCAACAGCCAAAGGAUUGCAAGAAAGAUGUGCUCCUGUGCCCCACUCCUGGCUGUGACGGCAGUGGCCACAUCACUGGAAACUAUGCAUCCCAUCGCAGUCUGUCUGGGUGUCCUCUUGCUGAUAAGAGUCUUCGGUCCCUCAUGGCGACCCACUCUGCUGAACUCAAGUGCCCCACUCCAGGAUGUGAUGGUUCAGGACAUAACACUGGAAACUACGCCUCCCACAGAAGUUUGUCUGGGUGCCCCCGUGCCAAGAAAGGUGGAUUAAAAACAUCUCCCACCAAGGACGACAAGGAGGACUCCGAGCUCUUAAAAUGCCCUGUGCCUGGCUGUGACAGCCUGGGUCACAUCAGUGGGAAGUAUGCCACACAUCGCAGUGCCUAUGGGUGCCCGCUGGCUGCCCGCAGGCAGAAGGAGGGGCUGCUCAACGGUAACCCUUUCUCCUGGAAGGCCUUCAAGACAGAGGCCCCUACCUGCCCCACCCCCGACUGCGAUGGAUCAGGACACGCCAACGGCAGCUUUCUCACACACCGCAGUCUCUCUGGCUGUCCCAGAGCCUCCUUUGCCAAGAAGAAAGCCAAGUUCCCUGGAGAGGAGUACCUGAGCACCAGGUUCCGGGCCAGUGACGUUCUGGAUAAUGACGAAGACAUCAAGCAACUCAACAAGGAGAUCAAUGAGCUCAACGAGACCAACAACGAGAUGGAGACAGACAUGGUGAACCUGCAGACACAGAUCUCAUCCAUGGAGAAGAACCUGAAGAACAUUGAGGAGGAGAACAAGCUGAUUGAGGAGCAGAACGAGGCUCUCUUCAUGGAGCUAUCUGGCCUCAGCCACGCCCUGAUCCGCAGCCUGGCCAACAUACGUCUCCCACACAUGGAGCCAAUCACUGAGCAUAAUUUCAACAGCUACUUGAGCACCCUGACUGACAUGUACACCAACAAGGAGUGCUUCCAGAACCCAGAGAACAAGGCGCUGCUGGAGAGUAUCAACAAGGCUGUGAAGAGCAUCAAGGUGUAA